AAGCCUAGUGUAGAUAACAUGUGUUAUCUGUAGAACACUCCACAUACCAGGGUUACGGAGUAGUGGUACCGCCCAUUCAUAAGAAGUUAUGACCUGAUAAACUGGACGGCCCAGCAGGAUAUUUGACACACACUGACCGUUUGGCCAUUUGUAGAGGAAUGAUUCUAAACUAAAGGAAUAUAAGUUGUGUUUCAGUAUUACAGACGAUGUGGCCGGUAAUCCUCGCGGUGGUCAUGGCAGUAGUCCCGUUACAGGAGACUAAUGGAGCAAUCCUUCCUGAUCCGGAGUGCGGGAUGACCAAGGGCUGUUACCCAGAAGCUUGUCCCGUCAGUGGAUGUACAGACUUCUUUGUCAGUUGGGAAGAGGCCGGAGAGUACCUCCGGUUUGUGAUGACGUUUGAAAUAUCUGCCGGUGACGACCAGUGGGUAGCACUAGCAUACUCAAAGGACACACAUAUGGGCGAUUCCAGCGUGGUGAUGUGUAGAAUGGAAGGUGGAGCCACGUCGAUAGAAAUGGGACAUACAGUCGGGUACGCGUACAGAACGUUAUCGAAUAACUAUGGUCUACAGAACACGGCUGUAAAUCGCAUUGGAACCGUGGUCGUCUGCUCGUUUGAUAGAAUUAAAAACGCAACCCAGAACGAGGCUCAAGUAUUUGAUCUUGACCAACCUUUACAUCUUCUUCACGCAAAAGGCUCUAUCACUGCAGGUACCCCGACAUACCAUAGUAUUCGAUACGUUACUACAAAUACUUUUGAUUUCCUCAAUGUGACACAGUCCACUCCAGUGUUGACCACGCCUAAUACACCUACAACAGAACCGCCAUCGGGUUCGGUUACAUUUGAUCCUGCAUGUGGAGUAACGAAGGGUUGCUUCCCAGACUGCAAGGUCUCGGGUUGUUCUUUCUUGGUUACAUGGGUGACCAUUGACGACCAGAACAUUGAAUUCGAGAUAUCUGCUGACGUCUCAGCAGGGUCGAAUAACUGGGUUGCUAUAGGAUUCUCAGCCGACAAGAAGAUGGGUUCAGACAGCAUCGUAGCCUGCGUCAGUUCCGGCGGCGUUGUGUCUGCCCAGUCCGGAUACAACACGAAAAAAAGUUAUGGAUCACUAACACCAGUUGACCUUGGUCUGUCAUCAGUGUCUGGCAGCAUGGUCAACUCUGUUCUGAACUGCAAGUUUACACGGAUGACCAAUAUAACUGGACAAUCAUCUUUCUUCGAUAUCCGACAAAAGUGGCGUCUUUUCUUCGCAUAUGGACCGUUUGCUUCUGGAAAUUUACAACGGCAUUCACAGAACCCGAUUGUUAGCGUGGGAACUGUUGAUUUUAUGUCAACUGAUCUGCAGAGAGGAGUAAACCAGGCAUACAUCCUUGUACAGAUUCACGGUUCGCUCAUGGUUGUAGCCUGGGUUUUGUUCUCCAGUAUCGGUAUCUUUGUCGCACGAUAUCUCAAGACGAUGUGGCCAAACUCUACUGUUUUAGGACAGAAAGUCUGGUUUCAGAUUCACAGACUGUGUAUGAUGACAGUAUUCCUGUUCACUGCAAUAGCCUUUGUCAUCAUAUUUGUGGAAGUCGAUGGAUAUGCCGACAACGUGACUGUUUCUGAUGAGAGCCAUUCUUUUGCCAAAUACCAUCCCAUUCUUGGUAUUAUCGUCAUGUCGCUCACAGUGAUGAAUCCAAUCAUAGCGCUCCUUAGAUGUGCACCGGAUCACAAGAAGCGACCCAUCUUUAACUUUUAUCAUUGGUUUAUCGGCACUAGCGCACAUGUCCUAGCAGCAGUGACAAUUGUAUUUGCUACGUAUUUGGAUAAGUCCAAUGUUCCACCAAGUGCAAGAUACAUAUCAAUAUCCUACAUAUGUGUGUUCGUGUUCCUGGAUAUAGUCCUAGAAAUAUAUCUACGCAUCCGGAAGAACAGAAAAGGCAGAACACUAGAAGUUGAGCUAAAACAACAGGGGGACGUGGCGCCCGAUGCACCUCCAUCAACCGGCGAAGAGGAGGGGGCACCAUUUGCGAAAGUAAUAUUUGGAAUACAGAUGUUGUCAAUGUUUUGUUUUGCUGUUGCCUUGAUUGUUCUGAUACUGAAAGAAUCGGAGGAUUGAACGCAGCGGGUCAUUUGAACUAUGUGCGUUGAUACAAAUUUUUAUAAAAUCAUCAGGUUGUCAACAAACACAUAUCAUGUAUACAUUAACACUUGUUUUAGUCAAGUUUUUAUUUCGUGAUUAUAUAAACAUGAAGAUUUUAUAAAUUGAAUCAGUGUACCCGGCGUUCAUACCGUCAUGGAAAAUUAAGGAUUAUGUGUAAUUAAGCAGAAAUAUGUGUGCUUUUGUGAAGUAGCUGUGAACUCGAUUACUAUUUGUGACAAAACAUGUAGAUGUAUUGACAUCGUACUUACAUCGUCUGUGAUAUAAAUAUUUAUUUCCUUUAGAAACACAACCAUUGUUUUAGUAAUAAAAAUAUACACAC